GUGGAAGGUGUUAUUGCAGAUAAAGGAUUGACUUUGGGUGAUUUGAUUGGCUUCAUGAACACUUUCUUUGGAAAGAUGGGUGUUACCAAUUUACGUUUUAAACCUGCUUAUAAUCCUUAUACUGAGCCCAGUAUGGAAAUCUUUUCAUAUCAUCAAGGAUUGGGUAAAUGGGUAGAAAUUGGAAAUUCAGGAAUGUUUCGACCUGAAAUGUUGGAACCAAUGGGUUUAGACCCUGAUGUUCGUGUUAUUGCUUGGGGAUUGAGUUUAGAAAGACCUACAAUGAUAAAGUAUAAAAUUGACAAUAUAAGAGAG